AUGAAUUUUAGCAAGUUGUUGGGGGGUAAGAAGGGGUUGAUAGACGAAUUGGUGAAGGAAGCGAAUGAGCUUUUAAAAGUGAUAGGUGCAGAAUUUCAGACGGAUGGAAUAGAGGAGGCGGCAAGUAGGAAGAGAAGGGUUGAGGCGAAGGUGAAGGCUAACAGGAAGGAGAAGGCAAAUGUGAAGGUGAAUCCGAAUGUAAAAGGGAAGGGAAAUGGACAGGUAAAGGAGACAGAUAGGUGUGCGGACAAAGAUGAGAACAGCGAGGUAGAGAGUAGGGACUGUAGAAAGAGAAGUGCUAUUCAGUCAGACAGUGAUGGAGAAUCACAGGAAAUUGAGGUGAACCAGAAGAAGAAGGCGAGGAAGGAGAGGGUGUAG